UCACUUGAAGGACGGCGGUGACUACACAUCAGUGGACUGAACCAUGUCUGCAUAAAUAAGAGUUUAUUACAUUUUAGACUUUUAUCGGCACGGCUCCUGUGUGUCUACAAUGUUUUGGAGGAAUAAAAACGUCAAGUAUUUGCUGAACCUUGUUCCGGGGAAGCGUCGCUUCGGCACCUUCAGAUUCCUUCCCAUCUUUUUUUGUAUCGGAGGUGUUAUCGAGUGGUUCAUGAUCAACGUGAGAGUAGGAAAAGAGACAUUCUAUGACGUCUAUCGAAGAAAAUUAUCAGAAGAGAGUUACCAGGAGAAGAUUGCUGAUGGUUCGGUUGUUCUCAAUCAAUCUGCAGCCAAGUGAGCAAUGGUCAGAGUUCAUGCUGACGUGACCCUCUGUCAUCUGUGGACACUUCUUGGUUCCUCACCUACUUCCAGCAGGCUCAAUGAGACUUAAUGGCGUGAUAUGAUGCAAACAGCCGCAUCACAAUCUUUGAUGCUAUUAAGGAGACCAGUCACUUGUAAAAUGCAGAGUUUAUUUCAUAAUAAGCUCUGAAACUGACAUGUGGAUGAGACUGAGGCUUUAAAACAUUUGAUCUUACUGAGAUGCAAUAUGGUUUAUGUGUCAGUCAGUGUGUAACAAAAGAUGUAAAAAUUCUUUAUACAUGUAAAACU